AUGGUGCCUUGCAACCCGGGCAGCUGCGGACAUCCAUCUCUCUGCGCCCGACCAUGCAUCUACAUGGCGAAGAACGGUGCGUGCCAUGUGGAGGGCUGCAAUUUCUGCCACAUGACUCAUGAUGUACCGGUCAUGAAGCUGAACCAGAGGCAGCGCUACGUCUUGCAGCGGCUCGAUGUGAAGGAGAAAAUGGACCUGAUCCUCGCAGCUGUUCGUGCAGGGCUUGACCGAGAAGGUCUCACGUACGAGGCUGGCAGUUUGAUCCAGCUUCUGGAAGAGGAGGCCUCGAAGCAUGCGCAGCAGGGCCUCGACCGGAGCCACAAGAAGCAG